GAAUGUUAGCACGUUUGCAAAUGUCGGUGUUAGCGGUGGCGAGAAGCAGAACAAGGUGUGUUAGUACGAACUCUGCCUUAGAUAAAACGACCAGAUAAGGCACACAGGCACUAGGGGCCGCGAAUACGCCUUCCCUGGAGGAAAUUGAUAAACACUAGAAAUCCAUCGCGAACACUACAAUCGGCCGUUGCGCGAACGAUCCUGCCCCAGGGCCACUACCAGUGGAGCAGGUAUCUUCCGUUGAUUCGCGGUCCGGCCAACCAAACCACGGCCACUGUUCCUGGUGGUCCUACGCCGGUUGCGACGACUACAACGACGCCAACGGACCCAACAGUGGCCCCCGCCACCACCGUCCUCAACCAGCCCAAUACGGUUAGCAGCACCCCGUCCCAGUAGCUGUGGCGUGGUGUGGUUGGGUGGUCUCCGCGGCUGGUCCGUUAUCACCGGUGAGCAUCGCUAACGACCAAACCAGUAUUCGCCAGCCCCAUCGCCCGCACCGUCUAGAAUCCCUGAGCCGAGCCAAAACAUGGCCCAUGACACAUAUACAGACACUCCCGAAUAAACUUACAAAACCUUAUGACCCCACCGGAACGUGUGCCCUCAAUGUACCUCUUCCUGUUACGUAUAGGAAGAUUAUCCCGAAUGCAAAUACCAGUAGCAGGGCACGCGCACCAUUAUCAGUCAGUGUCCAGUUGUAGAUGAUUUGAUUUUUUUUUUGCCACGACUGCCAAUGAUCAGUGGCUUUUCUCCGCCGCCCAGGCUCACGACACCGUACUAUUCAUAUAUUCCUUUUUCCUCUGGGCACGCUCCAAACACACAAAUUGAACAAAUACCACGCAGUGUGCCAUCCCGAAUCCACCGAACAGGCGGAACCACCACGAUCGUCCCGCGUGUGUAGCCCGCGUUCGCAUCCUCGCCCAUGCUCGUCGGUUGUAUAUAAGAGGCCUUGCGGUACGACAGCGCCAUGUACUAUCUCAGCAGACGCGCGCUGAUCAUGGUUACGUGCAGUAUGCUGAUCACGACGAUCGUCCUCUUUACCGCCUACGGCGUGUACGGAGCUCCAUCUUCCGCCGAGGAUCACUCGGAAGAGGCCUUCGAUGAGUUUCUCACUGAGGAUGGUAGCCGGGCGUCCAACUACGAGCUGAAGCAGGUGCACGUGUUUUUCCGCCACGGCCAACGUACACCGGCGGACACCUAUCCGAACGAUCCUUAUCUGAACUUCACCUUUGAGCCGUUCGACUGGGGUCAGCUGACUAAUACCGGAAAGCUCUCGGUUUACAAGGAAAUUGGCGAAUGGUUACGCGAAACCUACGGAGACUUCGUUGGUUCCACGUACCGUGCGGCCAACGUAUACGUGCAAACAACGGGCGUCCCGAGGACACAGAUGACGAUGCAGGUGGUACUGGCGGGACUGUUUCCACCGGCAAACACCGGUCUACGCUGGAACCGCAAUCUAAACUGGCAACCGAUUCCGUACUUCAGUGAACCACUAAGCCAAGAUACGCUUCUUCUCGUGCGUGUUUCGUGUCCACGUUAUGCGGAGACCGUGAAUGAGGUCUUCAAGUUACCCAAAAUCGUCACACUGAUGGAUGCGAAUAAGCAGCUGUACGAGAAUCUGACGAAAAUUACGGGCCUCACGAUUGCCACCCCGGAUGAUGUGCAAUCGCUGUACAGCACGUUGAAGGCAGAGUCGGAGUUUGGAUUAAAGUUGCCGGUCUGGACCCUCGACUACUAUCCGGAUCGUUUGCUGCCGCUAACGAAGAAGAGCUACAUCCUCAACGUGUACACCGAUGAGAUGAAGCGGCUGAAGGGUGGACCAUUCCUCAGGAAAACGCUCAACGAAUGGGAAGCAUUGAUCGCUAAUCCUAACGGAUCGAACAAGAAGCUUCUUAUGUACGCUGGCCACGAUUCCACGGUCGUCAACAUUCUGGCGGCGCUGCGUGUUUGGGAUCAGCGCCUGUUUCCCGAUUACGGUACCAUGGGCAUCUUGGAGCUGUUCCGUGAUACCCGGAACGGCAAGUACGGUGUCGUUGUGAGCCAGAAAAUGCUUGGUGCACCCGUGAAACGCCUCACCAUUCCGGGAUGCAGUCGCUUCUGUCCGAUCGAUCAGUUCAAGACGGUGCUUGCGGCCACUAUUCCGACCGACUGGAAGACAGAUUGUAAGCCCAAGAAUCCCGACACUGUCGAACCACCACCAUCCGGACCGUAGGACAUAGCGAGUGCGAUUGAAUGGGUGUUCGGUUGAGUGUGAAUGUAUUUACCCAAGCAGCAUUGGGCCCAACUUUGGCCACAGAAUCCGUCUAUAGGCAGUACGAAAACCAGUUUUCACAUUAAACAAAAAAAAAACAUU